UUCCCGGGAAGUUCCGGUUCCGGGGCGCGGAGGUGAGGGGGCGGUGGGGCCGAGGGUCUCCGGGGCCGGUACCGGAGUGCCGGGGUCGCGGAUCCCCGGUCCCGAGCGGCCCCGCCCCGCUCCCGCCAUGGACGAUGUGAUGCUCAACGUGGACUUCGCCGUCCCCGAAUGCCGCCCCACGAAGGAACCGGGCAACCUCAAGCACCAGCGCUUCGUGCGGCGGCGGCGGGAGCUGGAGCGCAGGGGGGUCCUGCGGCAGAAGCAGCUGCCGGCCGCACCGGGACCGGGGCACGGGAAGAAACCGAGAAGAAAACCCAGAGAGAAAGGCCCUGCCGCCGCCCGGUGCCCCCCGGCAUCCCAGAACGGGAUCAGGGGGAAGAGUCGGGGCACGGCUAUCCCGGCAUCACAGAACGGGAUCAAGGGGAAGAGUUUGGGCACGGCUAUCCCGGCAUCCCAGAACGGGAUCAAGGGGAAGAGUUUGGACACGGCUGUCCCGGCAUCCCAGAACGGGAUCAAGAAGAGUCGGGGGGCGGCUGUCCCGGCAUCACAGAACGGCCGCACCGGGAUCAAGGGGAAGAGUUUGGGCACGGCUGUCCCGGCAUCCCAGAACGGGAUCAAGGGGAAGAGUCGGGGCUCUGCUGUCCCAGCAUCACAGGACGGGAUCAAGGGGAAGAAUCGGGGCUCUGCUGUCCCAGCAUCACAGAACGGCCCCACCGGCACCAAGGGGAAGAGUCGGGGCUCCGCUGUCGGAGCCCCCCCGACAUCCCAGCACGAUUCCGCUGGAACUGCUCGCGCUAAGAGCAAGGAGAAGGGUCUCGGGGCCCCCCCGGCGCCCCCCAAGCUGGUGGCCGUGGACUGUGAGAUGGUGGGCACGGGGCCCGGCGGGCGCACCAGCUCCCUGGCCCGCUGCAGCAUCGUCAGCUACGAGGGCGAUGUGCUGUACGAUCAGUACGUGCGGCCCGAGGCGCCCAUCGUGGACUACCGGACCCGCUGGAGCGGCAUCCGCCCGCAGCACAUGGCCCGAGCCGUGCCCUUCCGCAGGGCACAGCGGGAGGUGCUGAGCAUCCUUGCUGGCAAGGUGGUGGUGGGCCAUGCUAUCCACAACGACUUCAAGGCCCUGCACUACUCACACCCCAAAGCUCUGACCAGGGACACGUCCCACAUCCCCCUGCUGAACCGCAGGGCUGGCUUCCAGGAGAACAUCUCCAUCUCCCUGAAGCGCCUCACCAAAGCUCUGCUGAACCAGGACAUCCAGAUGGGGAGAAGUGGCCACUCCUCUGUGGAGGAUGCCCGAGCCACCAUGGAGCUCUACAAGGUGGUGGAGGAGGAGUGGGAGCAGCACCUGCAGCAGAGCCAGGAGAAGAAGUGACAGAGUGACACCUCCAGCCCAGUCCUGCCCCUGGGAGGGGCACAGUGAUGGUCCCAGGCUGGUCCUGCCCCUGGGAGGGGCACAGUGAUGGUCCCAGGCUGGUCCUGCCUCUGGGGGGACCCUGAGUGAUGCCCCCAGGCUGGUCCUGCCCCUCGAGGGUCCUGUGAGUGCAUGAGGAGCCACGUGUGACAUUCCUCAUCCCCAAGCCUGACGUGCCUUGUGCUGUUCCUCCCUGUUCUCCCCAGGAUUUGGGGAGGGGCUGGGAUCCUGCACCCCCUGAACGCUUCAGGGCUGCUGCUGGUCCUGAUCUGGGAGUGACAUUGAGCACAGCCCCCACCACUGGGACUUUGGGAAUGGAGCAGGCUCCUUCCUCUGCCCAAAACUACCUCUGUGAGCGCCGGGACGCAGUGCAGGAGUGGGUGGGACCCAGAUCCCUGUGGAAAGUCCCCACUCUGCUCUUGCAGCAGCUUUCCUUGGUGGUUAAUUCCACCUUGCUCACUGUGCAAGGGGCGGGACAAACCCGGCUGUGUGGGGAGCAUCAUCGCCCCAUUUGGCUGCCUGAGCCCCCCGGGCUGCCCCAGGAACGACCCCAACACCCUCGGGGGAAUCAACCAGAGGACAGCCUGACCCUGCAGGCACCCGAGCCCGACGGUGAAUGCUUUGAACUGAAAGAUUUAUGUGCAAAAUCCUAAUUAAAAAGAAAUUAUUAACGA